AUGUUUAAGAAGGUCACCAAAUCCAUAGUGAAUCAGAUGGAUCCAGGAGGAGACCUAGUCCCAGUUCACAGCAUCUUGGACCAUGAGCGUUUCCAACCCCUCUGCCUCGUGAGGAGAAAAAGAAAAGCCAAGUUCCAGUCAUCCCCCUGCUACAAACAGACCUGGUACAGGCUGGAGGAUGUGCUGCUGCCUGGAGGAGGUGACAAAAGCUCAGGGUCCCUCCUUCCCAGCGGAGCUGAGCAGGGUUCACAGCAGUUCACAGUCCAAAAAAUCAUCAGUGACAAGGUGGAUGGGAGCCUGAACAUCAACAUUGACCUCACAAACAUGGAGAUCAAAGGAGCUGCCUCCUCCUCCAAAGGAUGGGCCAUCAAGCUGCAGAAGAACCAAGUCCCAGUGCCAAAGCUCGAGGCAGUGAAAGCAGAAAGGAAGGUGAACAUGGAGCACCCCUUCAUCCAGCAGCUCCAGAAAGCAGGCCAGAACCUGUACGUGGUCCAUGAGUCCAUAGAAACCUCGGAGGAGGCCAACUACGUGGAGCUCACCGAGGCAGAUGGGAGCCUCAUGGCCCAGCUCUACGCCAAGUUUUGUGCCAAGGGUGCCUGGGAGAGCAAACAAAGCAUCACCAUCCCCAAGGGCUGCACCCUGGCCUUCAGGGCCAUCCAGCUGGCCAUCACCGACGGGCCAUGGAAUCUGAAGUAUUUCCCAGAAGAAAGGGCAUCCACAUUUGUGUCUGAUAGCACAAGAGCACAUCAGGAUCGUGUUACAUAUGCCUCUGUGGGAAAGAGGAUAAAAUAUCUCAGCAGCAGAGCAGAGCUGCAAAGCUAUGUGACUCCUCCAGAGCACUGGCUGACACCUGAAGGAGACCUGUCCUGCUCUGACCUGCACUUUGCUCCUGGUCCAUCAGCAGGAAGAUUUGAAGAACUAAAGACAGAAGUACAAAGGAGCUGUGGAGUUCUCCUGCCGUUGGCUCCUCAUCUGCCUGCCAUAUUUUUAAAGGCCAUCAAAGCUGUGAUGAGAGACAGGAACCUCUUUGAAGAGCUGAGCCACACAGUGAAUACAGUUCUUGAUGGAGCUGAUAGUUGUCAGCUGCAAACAGCAAGCCCAGACUUAGAAGAGCUGCUGAGCAUCUUACAGCACUCUUCAGAACACUCCAGGCUGGCAGGAGCCCUUGCCUACACUCUUGAUGCUUUGGAAGAGCUAACAGAGGAUCAGCUGCUGCUGCUGCUGGAGUCCUUGGACAAGAAGAUGGUGCCCCAGCAGCUUAAGAUGGUUUCAGGCAUCCUGGCACAGGAGGGUGUGUGCAGCCCUUUCAACGUGGCCACCUUCUUGUGCUCCUUCUCACAAGAGGAACAAGCACUGAUCACAGCCAUGAUUGAGAAGAGUGGGAUGGCACUCCAAGAAGAUGGAUCUGCUGUCUUGCCAGAAAAAGCCUUCCCACCUGUGGCAGCCCUGUAUGCAUCUCUGCAUGUCCUUAAUCUCCUGAGUAACUAAGCCCAGGUUCUGGGGUGAUUUAAAGGCAAACAACAUAGCUGAAAG